AGGAGGAGAAAGAAGAAGAAAAAAAGCAGCUUCUUUUUAGCAAAAGGAAAAGAAAAAGAAAAAGAAAAGAAAACAUUCCAAGAAAAUCCGUUCGAAGAGGUCAUACGUACGUAUAUGCUUGGAUCUAUUCUAGAUCGCGUCCUUGGAACGAAAGAAUCUCACGCAAGGGAGAGAGAGAGAGAGAAAACAUACUUUUGUUUGUCUUUCUCUCUCUCUCUUUCUCUGAAAAGCCGUCUGGAGAUUGGCCGUGGCCGAUUGAUCGCCCAGCGAGGCCUCUUCGUUAUAGCAACAAACCACAACCGUCGAGAAGGAGAAGAUGCUCGUUAGGUUAGCGAACACUCGUUAAAAUCUUACCACGCAUGCCAAAAAUAAAGGAGAAAGAGAAAGAGAAAGAGAAAGAGUGAGAAUUCGAUUGGAAAAUAAUUCUCAAGUCUGGACAAUUUCCAUGGCAGUCGUUCUGUGAUUACUCCGAAAGAAGAAACGUACGAUCGUUUUGAUUUUUCUCUCUUGUUUAAUCCGAAGAACUCGUUAAUGAAAAAUCUUUCCUUUGUGUGAAAAUAAAAAAAAAAGAGAAAGAGAGAGAUCACGUUCAAGAGACGAGCUUGCAAAGAAAAGAAGUUAAGUAAUAAAUCGAAUCGAUUCUUACUUAUAUAGUUCAUUAACGAUCGUGACCUAACUCGUCAUGAUAAUAGCUCAAAGAUGCUACUCAAUUGGAUUUUAUCGUUUAUUUAUUUAAUCCGAUCGUAUUUCACGAGUUACUCUCCAUUUAUCGGGUACUCCACGGCGUACAAGUCGUUAUUCGUAUUACGACUUUGAACGAGUAUGUAUCGGCACAUUGAAACGCGUUAUUGCAAUCGACUUCUUGAUUUUCAAAUGCAAAAGAAAAAGAGAAAUAUAUUUUGAUCGAUUGUGAAGUUCGAAGUUUUCACGGUAAACAAGCAAGAAAUCUUUCGUCGUUGUGUUGAUAUCAACAUCGAUCGAUCGUAAACGUUAAGCGAUCACAAGAAAGAUUGGUUCCCACGGACCGCGAAUGGACGACGAAGAGGAAAGAGUUCAACGACCUCGUUUGAUGUAAAGAGAGACAUAAAGAAAAAGAGAGAGAGAGAAAGAAACUGGAGUGUGUGUAAGAGAAAAGGAAGAAAGUGGUGAAUCAAAAAGAAUUUUCCUCUCUCUCUCUCUCUCUCUGUUGCGCACACGCACACAGUGUUUCGAAAUUGGAUGGAAGGAAUAAAAAAACAAAAAGAAAAGAAGAAUAAAGAGAAAAGAAGAGGCAGCGAACAUCUUAUCGGUACACUCGACGAUUCACCCUGCUGAUCUCUCUGGAGGGCUAAUUUUAAGACAGGAUCCUUGAGUAGAAGCUUUAGACCGAGGAAUCCUCGUGAGAUGAUCAUCGGUCAUGGCGUCUGUAAGAAGAACGAUUCCAAACGUGAUUCUUCUCCUUCUUCUGUCGUUUUUAGCGACCAUGACGGAACGUGCUAUCUGUCGGCUUAUCGUACCGACGAGUCCCUCGUAUUUUCUAAGAACGACGAAAGCCGUCAAAUUGUCAACUGGAAAUAUGGAGCUAGUGGAAGAAGAACAAUGUUCCGAUCGGAUUUUACGUCUGACCUGUAGAUCUCUCAAAGCUUUCAUUUUCGUCUUGGAAGCGGAAUAUCAAUCAAAUCGAACGAGUAUUUGUGGAUACGAAUCGCAAAGGUUGAUAGCGAAAAAGAAGAAAUUCAAAUUGGGCGUUAAGAAUUCACGUGUCAAGGACACGAGACAAUUACGUGGAAAUUACAUCAAAGACGACGAAGAAGAAGAACGAUAUUUGUUCGACGUUAGGGCUUCCUUCAACAGAAAAUGUUCGGGUCAACAUCAUUGUCGGUAUAAUUUGAGCAGCGAUCAUCCAGGAACGACCUAUUGGCAUCCCGCUGCUUUAAGAUUAAAAUACGCUUGUGUUCCUGAGGUAGCGGUUUGUAAAUACUGCAAUGUGGAAGUAAGAAUACCCAAAGGGAAUGAAGGAGGUUAUUUAAAGUCUCCGGGAUAUCCACUGUAUUAUCCAGGUGGUUAUUCCUGUGGUUGGACAUUCAAAUCGUCACCGGGUGAAAGGAUCAUCCUUACUUUUCACGACUUGAAUAUUCGCAGUCCAGAAGCAGACGGAAGCUGCAUAGACGUCGUGAGAGUUCGAGAAAAAGGAAACACCUUGUUUGAACGUUGCGGCAUCGCCGCUGGCAUUAAAAUUAUCUCUAAUUCGAGCCUUGUGACCCUUGACCUGAUAGCCUCGACAAAACUCUAUCCUGCUCGAGGAUUUCUUCUACAAUAUCAAGUGUUGGGCUGUCCGAACAUUUCAGCACCGAACGGAAGCUAUAUAUCGUAUGAUACAGUGACGUCAAGAACGUUCUCGUGUAAAUCCGGCGCUGUGUUUCCCGACACAAGAAAAGAGAAUAGAAUACUUGAAUGUAAGAACGGCAAAUGGAACGAGACCGUCGAUAAGCUGCCAACUUGCGUGGCUACGUCCGCGGUGAUCCUCAAAACAGAGAACGAACAUCAUCAUUUGUCGAGUCUCUCGGGUGACAACGUCCUUGGUGGGGGCGUAAGAAUCGGUAGGGGCGAAGGCGCACUCGCAAACGGAAACAGCCAGGCCAUGGAUUCGGCGCAAUCUGCUAUGAUGAAGCAAGCGGACUACGUCGUAGAUGUUGUACUUCCAACCGUCCUGAUCGCUUUAUUGUUCGUUGGCAAUGCUAUUAUUGUCUAUAUUAUAUUCCAGUAUAGAAAGAGAAAAAUUCCAACGACAGCGCAAGGAGAAGAGAUGGCCCUGAGAAACGAGGCGGACGUUCCACAAGUGUGAUUCCAAAGGAGAAGACUAAUUACGUUUAAUGUCAAUUUUGUCGUUCAAGCAGAAAGUUAAUCAAAGGCCUAGUUCAUAUAUACUUCCGAAGAAUAAGAGACGUCAUUGAAAUAUGAGCGCUUAAAAUGAAACGCUCAUUCUUUUCGCAUCUAAUUAGAUGCGAUGAUGUAUACGCUAUGGGAUACACGUAAUGUGUGUAUAUCCUACAAGAAUUCUCUUAAAAAACAGAAAAGGAAAAAAAAUGAACUAAUAAAUCGAACGUUGCGUACACGUAUACUGUAAACAUUAAUUAAAGCGUGUAUAUAUGUGUAUACAUAUAUAUAUGUAUAUAUAUAUAUGUACAUAGAUACACGUUAUUAUGUAUACCACGGAUACGAUGUACUGCCAUGACAUUGCGUAUAAUCUAACGAUAGUGUAUUAUAUAAUAUAAGGAAAUAAUAUAUUCUAUAUUUCGUCCAAAUUGUGAAUAACUUAUAAAAUAAAAAGAAUGUUUUUUCUUAAUA